AUGGCGCCUCCCUCCAGGAAGACCGCAUUGACAGCCGCCCUCGCCCUCGCCCUCCUCAUACCAUCCACAAGCGCUAGCUACGCGUUCUACGUCGGCCGCGACCUCACAGCCCUCAAUGCCACGCUCGUAGGCGGCACCGGCGAAGAAGUCUCCUCGCACUGGCUCCAGAUCUUCCCCGCCGCGAACCACACAUCCAAUGCGACCAUCACCGUCGGCGUGACCGAGGACGCCGUCCUGCCAGGAAAAUUAAUUCAGAUACCGCAAGUCAAUCACACCUUCCGGUAUAUGUCUAUGGAAUAUUCGGAUUUUGAAGGCUUCCCUGCGCCGUUGACAAAUGGCGGUGUUAAUGAGAAGGGCGUCGCGGUAAGAGAUGUGUGGGCGAAUAGUAGGCAGGAACUUUACGACAUGACGCCGAAUCCGCAGACUGGUCUGCAGUACUCCGAUCUUGCACGCGUAGUCCUGGAACGCGCAAGCACGGCGCGGGAAGGCGUCGAGAUCAUUGGAGAUUUGAUUGCAAAAUACGGGUAUGCUGACUACGGAGGGAACUCGCACUUGAUCGCCGAUGCGAACGAAGGCUGGGUCGUGUGGGAGCAUUCGGGUGGAGUAGGACUGUGGGCUGCGGAAAGGCUGGGAACGGAUGUCGUAAGGAUUUUCCCCGUCGAUUUCGAGAACAGCACGGAUUAUAUGGGUUCCAGCAACAUUGUCAGCUUUGCGGUCGAGCAAGGCUGGUGGAACCCAAACGGAAGCGAGCCAUUUAACAUUUUUAAUGCGUACGGGUACCAGGUUGAGGGCGAGAAUCUCACUGCCCGUGACGGCGGAAACAAGUACAUGAGCCAGGCAGCCUUGGAAGAAGCGACGCUUGACAUGGUGCCCGUCACCGAAGCCGACAUGCGUGAGCGUGUGAGGGACUAUCGCAUCUCUGACGAUGAGGCUGGGUAUGGACAAGUUGUGAGCUUGUUCCAGAACAUGGACCCGGACACUAUCCGUAUCUGGAACGCGCCCACGGGAUCUGUGGCAGCGCCUUUCAUUCCCUGGUGGUUGGGUGUAGAGUCAGUUCCGCCAGAGUUCGGUGAACACCGAUACCUAACAACAGGCGCGUCGUCCUCGUUCCUUAACCCGGACUUCCAGCUGCAGGAAGCCUCACAGUUUGCCGGCCUCAUGUUCAAGCGCGUUUUGUAUUACAUGUGCUCAAACCCCAAUCAAUUCCAUCCCCUCGUCACGCAAAUGUACACUGCCUUCGAAAACCAAUCCGUAAGCGACUUGGGAUGGGUAGAGAAGAGCGCGCAGACUUUGAUCAGCAAUGGCGAGAGGGAUGCUGCAAAGAGUCUGCUGCAGUUCUACUCCCACACCAGAGCAAAUAAGGCUCUUGAUCUUGGCAGAACACUCACGGACGCGCUCGAUGGAUACAUCAAGUUAACCGGACAGUGGAGAGGUCCGGUGGGCUCUGAAAUCAACGAUGCAGGCGAGGGUGCAGAGACUGUAAAUUGCCUCGUAGGGUUCGAUCCGGAUCAGCCUGCUUGGAAGCAGCCCCCAAACCCGACAAAAAGGCGGAGGCGUACAGUCGCUAGAGGUAUUUCCCCUUGA